AAAAAUGCUUUGUUGUAGAUUUGCAUUAAAUAUCACUGUCCUUUUGCGCUUACUCUGACAAACAGUUCUGAACCAUAGUUAUCAUGACGUUUCAGAUUUUGCAGCUACAGAUGAACGAAUAUAAAUACCAUUACUUAUUUACUAGUUUCGACAUUGAAACAUUCGAUCUCGAGGACUUCAAAUAUAAUUUUGUGAAUAUCACUUCGUUCCGUCUGGUUGAUGUCGGUGAUGUGAGCGUGCGCAACAUACUCAAGGACAUGGAAGCAUUCAGAAGCGAACACAACAAUGAAAAAACUUACUACCGAAAGCUGCGCACGAUACAGACAGAACCAGCGCUAGCAUACGAUUCAGUUUAUAUAUUUGCUAUUGGCUUAAAAACCUUGGAACAGUCACAUGCACUGCGCAUUUCGAACGUUUCAUGCGAGGACGAGACACCAUGGGAAGGGGGUUUGAGUUUGAUAAACUAUAUAAAUUCGGUGGAGUGGCGGGGUCUAACCGGCCCGAUACAGUUCAAAGAAGGCCGACGUGUUCAAUUUAAGUUGGACCUAGUCAAACUGCGCCAACAUUCCAUAGUUAAAGUGGGCGAGUGGACCCCACAGACUCGUCUCAAUAUAACCGAGCCGUCGCUAUUCUUCGAUGCAGGCACAAUGAAUGUUACGCUAGUGGUUAUAACAAUAUUGGAAACACCUUACGUAAUGAUGCACUACGGAAAAAAUUUUACUGGAAAUGAGCGAUUUUUUGGAUUUUGCGUAGACAUAUUGGAGCUCAUAGCUCGCGACAUUGGUUUCGAGUACAUCCUAGACCUGGUGCCCGAUCGAAAGUAUGGAGCUCAAGACCCAUUUACAGGUGAAUGGAACGGUAUGGUUGCACAGUUGAUGAAAUAUAAAGCCGAUUUGGCUGUCGGAUCAAUGACAAUCACUUACGCCCGUGAAAGUGUUAUAGAUUUUACCAAACCAUUUAUGAACCUUGGCAUAAGUAUUCUAUUCAAG